CCUGGGGAGGAUUUCCAGUCCUCCUCCCUCUCCUUCACCCUGAGCUCCAGGGAGUGUGGACCUGCAUUUUUCCAGGAUGCCUUCCUUGCUGGGCAUUGCUGAUGGGUUCAUAGGCAAAGCAAGAGCUGGCGCCACAGCAGGAGCUCCGCUCCGUGGGAAAGCACCCACCCACAGAUCCUCCAUCGCUCGAAUGUUAUGAUCACAGAUGCCAAGAAACCCACUCCAGAAAGCCCAAAGUGUGGCAGGAGUGAGCCCGCUCCCCAGCCAGCGUCCUACCAGCCUUGCUCGGUGCUCCAGAGCCCACCGAGGUCCUUAGCCCAUGGGCCACCACCGCACCCUGCCCUGCCAGGUAUUUGCUCUGUGUUUCAGCGCUUGGGGGAUGUGGCUGAUGAAAGGAAGCCAGCCCUGGGAACAGUACAGCUUUUCGCACCCGUGUUGGCCCAGCUGCUCUCAGCAAUGAUUAACAUCUAGGCAGCCCUGGCCUUCGGUGGCAGCAAGGGUGACACUGAGGCUGGCGCUAGCUGCUGGGUGGCCGUCACGUUGGCAUGUGGCAUCUGGGCCCUGCAGCAGCAGCUGAGCCUUUGCCGUAUCUCAGGACGCAGGACAGAUACGAAUCCUGGAGAAAGGUCCCAAGGUGGCCACAAGUGCCCACAGUUCAUCGGGGCAGGCUCCGGGGCUGCCCACACUGCUCUGGCAGCAGGAUGUAGGGGCCACACAGAGACCUGGCCCUGCCGCAGGCACUGGCUGACAUCCUGGGGUGUCCUGACUGCAGGAUAAGCCCUUUCCCUUUCUGCAGCAGGCCUGCGGGGACGGUCCCCUCCCUGCCUGCAGCCCCAGCCAGCCCUGGAGCUGACAGGGGCGGUCCAGGGGCCCUCAGCAGCUGUGGCAUCCCAUGCACUCCCCUCCGGUGGGGAAAACCCUGGCAGGGCAGAGGGGAGCAGCCGAGGGGACGCAGCAUUUGGGGGACAUCCUGGGGCACACAGCACAGGCUGGGUGGAUCCUGGGGGUCAUGGCACAGCCCCUGGCCUAUCCUGGGGCAUGUGCUCCGGGGCAAGACACAUCCUGGGGGUACAUGGCACAUCCUGGGGCACACAGUGAUGCACAAAGUGCAUCCCAGGGAGCACAGCAGGGCACAGGAUGCAUCCCAGGGCAGAUCCUCAUCCCACAGGCACAGGGCACAUCCCAGGGUGCAUCCUCGGACACAUGGUGGAGGCACAGGGCACAUCCUGAAGGAGCAUCUCAGGGCUAUGGGGCACAUCCGCAGGGGUACAGGGUGCAUCCUGGGGGUACGGGGCUCAUCCCAGGACCAUAUCCCGGGGUCUUCAGGGUGCAUCCCGGGGACACAGGGCACACCCUCAGGGCGCAUCCCGGGGGUGCAGGGCCCAUUCCAGAGGCGGAUCCCGGGGGCACGGAGCGCAUCCAGGCGGGGCAUCCCGAGCCGCGCCGCCCGGCUCCUCCCGAGCCCACCCUGGCUCGGGGCGGGGGGGUCGCGCCUGCUCCUCCCGGGUCCUCCGCGGUUCGUUAGAGGGGGGAUGUCGCGCCACCGCCCCCCGGGGCGGUCCAGCCGCAGCGCCCGCCGCCGCCGGAGCCUCCCGCCGCCGCCGCUCUCUGCCGGGGCGGGGCAGCGCCGGGCGCCCCGGGGAGCGGUGCCGGUGCCCCCGCCAUGCCCAAGCUGCUGCCGGCGCAGGAGGCGGCACGAAUCUACCACACCAACUACGUGAGGAAUGCGCGGGCCAUGGGGGUGCUCUGGGCCCUCUUCACCCUCUGCUUCUCCAUCCUGAUGGUGGUGACCUUCAUCCAGCCAUACUGGAUCGGCGACAGCAUUGACACGCCGCAGGCUGGCUACUUCGGUCUCUUCUCCUACUGCAUCGGCAACGCGCUGACCGGCGAGCUCAUCUGCAAGGGCAGCCCCCUUGACUUCGGCACCAUCCCCUCCAGCGCCUUCAAAACUGCCAUGUUCUUUGUAGGCAUCUCCACCUUCCUCAUCAUCGGCUCCAUCCUCUGCUUCAGCCUCUUCUUCUUCUGCAAUGCAGCCACUGUCUAUAAAGUCUGUGCCUGGAUGCAGCUGGCAGCAGCUACCGGGCUGAUGAUCGGCUGCCUGAUCUACCCUGACGGCUGGGACUCGAGCGAGGUGAAGCGCAUGUGUGGGGACAAGACGGACAAGUACACACUGGGUGCCUGCACCGUGCGCUGGGCAUACAUCCUCUGCAUCAUUGGCAUCCUUGAUGCUCUCAUACUCUCCUUCCUGGCCUUUGUGUUGGGGAAUCGGCAGGAUAACCUCCUCCCAUCUGAUUUUAAAGUGGAAAAUAAAGAAGAGGGCAACGAUUGACAGAGCUGAUCACCACGGACACCUACAACUCUUCUUCCAUCAGCUUUAAGAAACAUGGCCCUUUAAAAUGACUUUUCCAGGAGCUUUAAACUUACCAACUUUUGUGGAUUUUCUACAGCUGUUCUUUUCAUAAAAGGGGCCACUAUCUGCUCACAGCUCUCGUGGAGUUUUAUUUGAUGGGAAGAGCCCAAACUAGAUCCAGGUUGGUUGGGGGUUUUUUUUGGGGGUUUUUUUUUUUUUUUGAGUCCCUCAGCAAACCUGGGGGAAAGGGGAGGGAUGGCACUUUGCUUCUUUUUGGGGUUUGUACGCCUUCUUUCAAGGAAAUUACUUGUGCAUUAAAAAAAAGUUAGCAUUUUG